UUGUUUAUGGUGAAGAGAAUUUCAACAUGGGUGUCCUGUCCACCUUUGUACCAGGAUUUUAACCACCUCCCGCCCACCAUAUAGUCCAAUGAUGGGCACAUGUACACUGAUCAUCAGAGCACUGAUGAUCAGUGUGCCCUGAUGAUCAGUGUGGCCCCAGAAGUGCCAGCUGUCAGUGCUGAACAGUGCAACGUGCCAGUGCCCAUCAGUUCCACAUCAAUGCCACAUAUCAGUGCCUACCAGUGCACAUCAAUGCCACAUAUCAGUGCUGAUCUGAACUGCCUUUCAGUGUCACCCAUCAGUGCCAGUCAAUGCCACCUAUUAGUGCCAGUCAGUGAUGCCUAUCAGUGUGCAUCAGUGCCAUCUAUCAGUGCCAGUCAGUGCCACCUAACAGUGCCAGUCAGUGCCGCCUAUCUGUGCCAUAAAUCAGUGCUGCUUUUCAGUGCCCAUCAGUGAUGCCUGUCAAUGCCCAUCAGUGCCACCUACCAGUGCCUCCUCAUCAGUGCCCAUCAGUGCCACAUAUCAGUGUCCAUCAGUGCAGGCUAUCAGAGCCCAUCACUGCAGCCUCAUUAGUGCACAUCAGUGAAGGAGAAAAACCACUUAUUUACAAAAUUUUACAACAAAAAAGUUUUUUUUUUAAAAAAAAUUUCAGCGGUUUUUGGUUUGUUUAAGAAAAAAUAA